UCCGCAAUAAUUGUCAAAACAGUGUCAAAAAUUUAGCGAGGUUUUGUUAUCAUGAGUGUAAUGGAUAGACAGUAUGACUUUUUGUAAGAAUACUUUUGGGAUGCCUUAGUGAACAUUGCAGUUCAAGUAACACUAUGUUAGAUAAUUCUUUCUCGCUGUAUACAACAACUCUUCUGGGUGACACUUAGUGAACAAUGGCGUUUCACACUGGGAUACUUUCGCGAAAAUUUCAGCGAGAAAUUGGUGGCUUAAGUACACAAAAAUUUCAACAGGAGCUUCAAGUCACACCAGACCUGAUUCAGAGGUUAGGACUUAGUAAAGAACUACAGGGCCAUCAUGGUUGUGUGAAUUGCUUGGAAUGGAACGAAAGGGGAACAUUAUUGGCCAGUGGCUCCGAUGACCUGAAUAUUAUCCUUUGGGACCCGUUCAGACACCGCACCAAAGCCACCAUCAACACCGGCCAUCAGGGCAAUAUCUUCUCUGUCAAGUUUCUACCUAACACCAAUGACUCAAUCCUGGUGUCGGGAGCGGCAGACUGUAAGAUCCGAGUGUACGACACGGGCGCUGACGAGAACACCCACGUCUUCUCAUGUCAUGUGGGGCGUGUCAAGCGACUGGCUGUGGCGCCCAAUGUCCCCUUCAUGUUUUGGAGCGCUGCGGAGGAUGGAACAAUCAUGCAGUUUGACCUCCGAAGUUCAGACUCUAGUCAGGCCAAUCCUAAAAAUGUGAUUGUAAACCUUAAUGCACACCUAGGACAUAGUGCGGAGGCCAAAUGUCUGGCGAUUAAUCCGCUGCGUCCAGAGUAUCUGGCGGUUGGUGCGAACGAUCCAUACAUCAGAAUGUACGAUCGCCGCAUGUUGGUUUGUCGCAGUCUCAAAGUGCCACAAGAAACCACCAACAGAUCUCCCUGGUCAUGGGAGCGAUCAAGUCCUUUGGCACCUUCCUCCCCUGAAGAGUUCCCGAUCCCUCAUGAUGCUGUCACUUACUUUAUAGCUGGUCAUCUGCCUCAAAAACAGCAGGACUACAAGAAACGCUACCGCUCCCUAGCAUCCACUUAUCUGACCUUCAGCCCCGACGGUCGGGAAUUACUGGUCAAUCUGGGAGGAGAACAGAUCUAUAUCUUUGAUGUCAAUCGAGGCAGAAAGGCAGAGAAAUUUGACAUAUCAAUGGUUCUUGCUGCCAAUGGAGUGGUGAAAGAUGCUGGUGGCAGUAAUGGUUUCCAUUUUCACUCUCAUAAAAACGGUGCUUCUAAUGGUGUGACCAAUGGCGUCUCCAAUGGAGUGUCUGCUGCUGCUGCGGCGAUGAUGAGAGCAGAGAUGGAUGUGGAGGAGAAACACCGCGAGGCUUCAGUCAAAAAAAGGUUGAAAACCACCAUCAGUGCCAAACCGAUUCCCCCGGCAGUGGAGGUGAUCAAGAAGAAAGCCAAUCGUUACUUUGAGAUGGACCAGUGUUCCAAGGCCAUCAUUCUGUAUAACCAGGCCAUCCAGCGAGCUCCCUGGGCAUCGGUGCUCUAUGGCAACAGAGCUGCUGCAUUCAUGAAAAGAAAAUGGGAUGGAGACCUGUAUGCAGCAUUAAGAGACUGUCAUAGUGCUCUACAAAUCGACCCAAAUCAUUUGAAAGCUCACUUCCGAUUGGCCAGGUGCCUGUACGAGCUGUCUUGGCCCCAGGAAGCCUACGAUUGUCUUCAGCAGUUUAAGAGCAAGUUCCCGGACUACGCUAAAAGCAACGCCUGUGAGACUUUGGACAAGGACAUCAAAGCAGCUAUUUACUCCAAAACAGACUCAGGAGAUGAGAAAUCUGAGUCUACUCCAGAAAAGUCUGAUUCUUUUUAUCCCUCUGUCAAACGGAGCGUGUCAAUCUCGGAUCAGGAGACCUGCUGGCGAGCCUUGGCAUAUGAUUACGAGGCUCGCUUCUGUGGACACUGCAAUACCACUACCGACAUCAAGGAGGCAAACUACUUUGGCAGCAAAGGUCAGUAUGUGGUGGCUGGGUCGGAUGAUGGCUCGUUUUUCAUCUGGGAGAGGGACACAACAAAUAUUGUUAGAGUGUUAAGGGGAGAUGACUCCAUUGUGAACUGCCUUCAGCCCCACCCCACCCAGUGUCUUCUGGCCACCAGUGGAAUUGACCCUGUUGUCAGGUUAUGGAGCCCCAGAGUGGAGGACGGGUCUAAAGAUGAGCGAGAAGUGGACAACUCCGAUGAUGCAGCUUUGGCCAAUCAAAAAAGAAUGAAUGCAGAUCCGCUGGAGGUCAUGCUGAUGAACAUGGGUUACCGGAUCACCGGCGUAUUCGAUGUGGACGAAGAAGAACAGAAUAACAACGAGUCUGUUCAAUGUCGCCCUAGCUAGGUCAAGGUCACUGUCUGUCAAGGACAUUCAAGUUUCUUUGAUAUAUUAAGAGUUUUCUUAACUCAUUACAAUUUUUUAAAAUAAUUUUUCAUGCCAAAGGAAACGGCUAAAUGAUGACUUAAUCAUACAUGUAGGUACUGAAGGAGGCUAGGAUUUCCGUUUGUUUCCGUUACGUCUGCCUGGUGUUAUUGGAAGGUUAUUUAGACUAGAUAUGUUCCAUGUGUCAUCAACAGCUGACAAAAAACAGAAACAGCAAACACUAUUGCAACGGGUUGGAUAGCAUUAUAGAUAUUCCUUUUAAAAGAAAUUGAACCAAUUUUCAUUUUGUGCUUUAUUUUUUAAAAAGGAAACCAGUGAUAAUGUCUUAUGUUAUUGUAUUUCAAUUGCACACAAAUUGUGAUUAAUUUUAACAUGAUAUGUUUUUUUGUUUAUAUCUUAUAAGCCUAUAAUAAGUGCAUCAAUGUGGAACAAAGAAUACUGUUCAUGUAUAUUUUUUAAGUGAAUUCAUACUAAAGAAUUCAUCUACUAGUGCAUCUGCAUUUGUGAUUGUUAGUUGAGGUACUAAGCUAAAAGAAAAAGAGGUUUGUACUUAAGAAUUGCUAUGAACAUUUUGUCUAUGCUGACUUGAUUGGUUUUUUAUUUAUUUGUAUGGGCUAUAUUUCUAAAAUUUGAGGCAAGUUUUGUCAUCCCCAUUAACAAAAUUUGUGGUCUAUUCUAAUUGUUUGACAAUUUUACAUUAAUUUUUGGUGAGCCAGAUUCUUUUGACAUAAAUCCCAAUUCUGAAGAAUAUGACAAUUCUCAACAGAAAGUAACACCUAUUUUAUCGUUAAACAUAGAAGUAUAUUAUGGAAAGAUUCCCUCCAGGGUUUAUUGAAAUUGUGUCAAAUGGGACUGCAAGUAUGUGGGAGAAAGAGAAUGUAUGGUUUCUGAAAAGAUGGUGUAUUUCUGGGAUUUCCUGGAUUUAAGUGAAUAACAUAUGGCUGCAUGGGUAUUUAUUUAUCUUUUUUGUGGAAAACAAUGACUGGAAAAUCAGUACAUUGCUAAAUGUCAGUAUGAAUAUAUAAGAAUAGAUAUGUCUUUAAAUAGGCCAAUUCAAAUCCAUGCUAACUUGUUGAAAAUCAAUUUUGUUUUAAAUCAAUUUCUGGUAAAAUCAAUUUCUGCUUAACAGCAUACACAUGAAAUUUAGUAUGUUAAUUGUGUAUGAACUAGAGAAAAGGUUGAAGUUAAGAAAGAUGGAAGUAGAAACUUACUGCCAUGCUAGAUUUGUUGUGGGUCUUGAGUGUAACCAACAAUUGUUGUUUUCUCCAGAAACUUGUGUUGGUAUAUUAUGGAUGGUUUGGGCUUAUAAAAAUAGUAUGUGAAUAGACAGGUUAGGCCUAAAAAAAAAAAGUCAAUUGUGUGUUUAGGGUAACCCAACCUAACCUAAAAAAAAUGCCCCUAUCCAACCAUUUUUAGCUGUCUGUUUUUAUCCGAUUGUGAAUUUUAUAUUAUUUCUAUUAAAAAAUCCGUUUUUAAAUAUUACACAAACCAACAUUCUUAGGAUUCAUGCAGAAAAAAUAUGAUAAAAUUAAAAAAAAUCCCUAUAUACCUACCUAACCUAAUUUUUUCAUCAGUGUUACCCUAAACACAGUUUUUUUUUUUUUAUAGGCCUUAUAACCGUAAGUAGAUUGUGAAAGAGGUGUUAUUAGGGAGAUUUCAAUGCAGGAAUAAGUCAAACGUUUCUGACUGUGGGGCUUAGCUACACAAAAAUAUAUAAGAUUGUGGAAUGUAAAUAAGUUGUUUUAUUAUAUACAACUAGCGUGGAGUAGAUAAAAAGGUAACCUAGCUAAAUUCAGAGGGUGUGAUGUGAUAUGAGGAAGUAAGCUAAAGGCCUACAUAAAGGGUGUGCCCCCCCCCCCCCUUUAAUAAGGUAAUUGAUUUGUGUGAUGUUCACUGGGGACUAAGCCGUGCACGGAAGGUGUGGUGUGAAUAAGAGGUUACGACUGAUUGAUGACAUCCCCAAGGUGGCACUGUAUAUCGUCCAUUCAUUUCAUUUUAUUUUAUUAAUGUCCAUCUUUUCUGGCUUUUUUCUUCUAAGAUUUUUUAUUCAAUUUAUUAUGAAAUGAAGUGUUGCUUCAAUGUUUGAACUGAUCAUUGUUAUUGAAAUAUAUUAAAUGAUUUAUAUAUUUG